AUGGCGGCUAAUGUUGGCAACUGGCAACAAAAUUUGGAUGAUUUUCUUAAUCAUUCUCUUAAUUCGGGAUGUCUUGAGUCGUUUGGGUGUUUAAAAACUGUCAGAGAACGUAUUAAAUUCAUUUUCAACCAAAAUUUGAUUCAGAAUGUGGAAUGGUUGAAAGUUUAUUUGGAUAAUUGUGACUUGAUUCAUACUAAAAGUUCAGAAAAAGCUGCCAAGUGUAAAAAUAAUGGAAAUAUUCACUUUAAGAAAAGAAAUUAUGGAAAUGCUAUUGAGUUUUAUACAGAGAGUGUUCUGUUGUCACCUGUUAACAAUGGUAAUGAUCUAGCACUAGCUUAUGGUAACAGAUCAGCUGCUUUGUAUCAUCUCUGUAAAUAUGAGGAAUGUUUGACAGAUAUAGAAAGAGCAGUAGAGUCAGGUUUUCCUGAAGAAUCACUGUAUAAAUUAUAUACAAGAAGAAUCCAGUGUCGUCUACAACUAAAUGAUUUCCAGCAUGCAGGCUAUGAACUGGAGAGUACAUUAACUUUCAUUAAUUCUCAAAAAGACAAAAUAGAGAGCAAGAAAUUUGAAUCAGUGAUGAAGGAAAUUGAAGGAUUGCAGAAGACACUUCAUAAUAAAAGUGAGUCACUCACAGAAACUAAGAAGACAGCUCAAUUGAAAGAACACGUUGUUUCCUAUGGUACCAAUGAUAUUUUGACACAGGCUUCAAACUGUAUUGAUAUGAGAUAUACUAAAGAACAAGGUCGAUAUUUAACGACCAACAGAGAAAUAGAAGUUGGAGACACUCUGAUUGUAGAGAAACCAUUUUCAUCUGUUCUACUACCUGAUCAUUAUAAAACACAUUGUCAUCACUGUUAUCAUAAACUACCACUCAAUCUAGUCGGAUGUAUACAGUGUAGUGUAGUAAGAUACUGUAGCAGUAAAUGUCAAGAAGAAUCCUGGAAGCUGUAUCAUUCUGUAGAAUGUCCAUAUUUAGAUUUAUUACAUUCCGUGGGUAUAGCUCAUCUUAGUCUACGUACAGUUUUAACUGCUGGUUUACAGUUUCUGACAGAUUUUAUCAAGGAAAGAAAAGAUGAUGAAAGUAAGAAAACAGCCAAUUCUAGAUUACCUGGUUUAAAUGAGAGAGGAAAAUAUGAGAGGAGUUAUGAUACAGUUUAUUAUUUAAUGACACAUGAUAAUGAUAUACUUACAGAAGAUAUGUAUCAAUACUCAGGGACUGCUGCAUUACUACUGAUUAUACUGGUACAUUCUGGUUGGUUUAAUACUAAUGUAACUCAAAUAGCAACACAUAUUGAUUCUACAUUACAAGCAGAUCUUCAAAGUGUCGAAAUUGAUGAUAAAGGCGGAACAAUUUAUGCAAAUGAAGGAAAAGAUGCUGACAUAGCCAAUGACAGCAAAGAUAAUAGUUUGACCAAUCAAAAGAAGCAAAACAAUUCUAUUUCAACCAAUGAAAAGUCUAUGGAAAGUAACAUUGAUGGUCUUUUGACCAAUGGCAAAACAGAGGCUUGCCAAUCCUCAAGCAAUAAAACAAGUUUUUGUGGAGUCUUAACCAAUGAAAUGUUAGAUAUAGGUGGACUUCUGUUACGCCAUAUUGAACAGUUGGUUUGUAAUGCUCAUGCUAUAACCGAAGUCCAGUGUACUGAUACUAUAAAUGAUUCAAUGAUAUUAGAUACUAGUCAGGUACGAAUAGCUACUGCCAUCUACCCUACAGCUAGUCUGAUGAACCAUUCCUGUGAUCCUACUAUAAUAUCAAGUUUUCAUGGUGACACAUUAAUAGUGAAAUCUGUCAAGAAAGUACUAGAGGGAGAAGAAAUUUAUAAUUGUUAUGGACCCCAUCAUAAAAGAAUGGUUAGAAAACGAAGACAAGAAGUUUUAGAGAACCAAUAUUUUUUUCAUUGUAAAUGUCCACCAUGUUGUGAAGAAAGAGCUGGUGAUAUCAAAUUUAAUGCUGCAAUAUGCAAUAGCUGUACAGGCAUUAUUGACACAACCAGUGAACUACCACAAUGUCUGGAUUGUGGACAAACAGAAGACACAGCUUCAAAAGAAAUCAGACAACAGAUAGAAGGCUUAUUACAUCAAGGAGUCACUUCACUAUUACAGCAUUCAAAUACACAAGCAUUCAAAUACACAAGGUUAGUCAUGUUCUUACAUCAAGGAGUCACUUCACUAUUACAGCAUUCAAAUACACAAGAAGCUUUGAAGUUUCUCUUGUUAUGUUAUAAGCUAUGUUGUAAACAUUUACAUGAAUAUAAUGUUAUUAGAGCGUCUGUUGAUGAUAGUUUAGCUAGGGGCUAUACUGUACAAGGUGACCACAUUAAAGCUGUCCACCAUUUACAAGACAGUAUCAAAGUAACAGAAGCUAUGUAUGGCUCAGAUAGUAUAGAAGUUGGCCAUGAGCUCCAGAAGUUGGCAGAUAUAUUAUUCAAUGCUCAGAGAGCAGAAGAGGCCUUGAGAGUUCUACACAGAGCUAUUUAUAUCUUUACUGCCCAUUAUGGAGAAUUUCAUGACACUGUGAAAGAACUGAUCGAAAUGAAAGAUUGCCUCAUUGAUUUCAUUGGUGCUGAAAAAAUUAAGGAUAUUGUACUUUGA